GUUGGACUGGGGCCUGUCUGUGACUGCAGCGUUUGUUCAGUCAGAUCAGCUGCUCUGUGUUUCCUCUGUUAAAGUUCAUCUCUACUAACUAACACCCAUCAUGAGGGAAAUCGUGCACAUCCAGGCCGGCCAGUGCGGGAACCAAAUUGGUGCUAAGUUCUGGGAGGUGAUCAGUGACGAGCACGGCAUCGACCCGACGGGAACGUACCAUGGCGACAGCGACCUGCAGCUGGACAGGAUCAGUGUAUAUUACAAUGAAGCCACAGGAGGGAAGUACGUUCCCAGAGCCAUCCUCGUGGAUCUGGAACCAGGCACCAUGGACUCUGUUCGCUCUGGACCUUUCGGGCAAAUCUUUAGACCUGACAACUUUGUCUUCGGUCAGAGUGGAGCUGGAAACAACUGGGCCAAAGGUCACUACACUGAGGGGGCGGAGCUUGUGGACUCCGUCUUGGACGUUGUGAGGAAGGAGGCGGAGAGCUGCGAGUGUCUGCAGGGUUUCCAGCUCACGCACUCGCUGGGCGGAGGCACCGGCUCCGGCAUGGGAACCCUGCUGAUCAGUAAGAUCCGAGAGGAGUACCCCGACCGCAUCAUGAACACCUUCAGCGUGGUGCCUUCCCCCAAGGUGUCUGACACAGUCGUCGAGCCGUACAACGCCACCCUGUCGGUCCACCAGUUGGUAGAAAACACCGACGAGACCUACUGCAUUGACAAUGAAGCUCUUUACGACAUCUGUUUCCGUACCCUCAAACUCACCACGCCCACCUACNNCGCCAUGUUCCGCCGCAAAGCCUUCCUGCACUGGUACACGGGCGAGGGCAUGGACGAGAUGGAGUUCACCGAGGCCGAGAGCAACAUGAACGACCUGGUGUCCGAGUACCAGCAGUACCAGGACGCCACGGCCGAGGAGGAGGGCGAGUUCGAAGAGGAGGUGGAGGAAGAUGCUUAAACAAGAUGAGAGCCAAGAAAACCAAAAAAUCUAAAAUCUACAAAAAAAUAGUAAAACAUUAGAAAAGAUGAAGCAGGUUAGCGGAGCGUGGCGUCUGAUAACGGAUGGAGAUGAACGGUGAAUGUAGGAGAAUGAAAACAACAACCACCAAAUUAAUGUGCCAUGCUUUAUACUUUCAUUUAACAUCAUUUAGGCCCUUUGAGGACAAAACUAGAAACAUUUUUUCUUAAAGUGCUUAAUUGUCUCUAUUUUAAAAAAAAUACUUAACUUUACUGUAACAUUUAACUAAAAAGCAAAGUAAACAUUAAUGAUGUCACAAGAGUUUCUGUGAAUAAAUCUCCAAAUUUAAAAAACUUCUCACCUAAUUUCCAAACAAAUUCAGCUAAUUUCAAUUUAUUAAAGAGGCGGUAAUCAAAAUCAAAAGAAUCAGUUUUGGUAGAUUGUUUCCAAACACUUGAAUUUAAAAAAAAAAGAAAUGAUUUUCACCAUUUUCUUAUUGUUAAUGAUUUUUUUAAAAAAAAGGAAACAAGAAUUCUUCAUAUCUGAACUCUAUUAUGCUCCUUUGUGCCAUAAAGAUGUUGAUGAAUUUUAUUAACCGGUUUGGUUUUUCGCCUCUUCUUUGGAUUUCAUUUCAUCUAAAAGUAAAAUAAAAAAAGAAUCAUUUUCAAAGAUUAUUAUUCUUUAAAAUUUUAACCUUACGUUUGCAAAUGUGUAUUUUUUCUAUUUUUAGCUUAACCUGAGAAAAUUAAUCUUCACUCAAUUAACUGUGAAUUCAGAAUGCAGAUUUUUCCAUUACUUUCAGCAUCUUAAACAGAAAGAUGCUUUAAAAAAUGUUUUUUUUUUUUUCAUUUUGCUUUUACAAAGAUAGAAACAGGUUUCUGUUUGCACAGAAGCACCUUCAGCUUUCUAGUAAAUGGAAAUCCUUACACUCAAAACUUACAUCUUUUUCAGUCGCUUUAUUUAUUUGUAUUUUUUUUUAAAUUGGUCCAAUUUGUAGUGAAAAUAACCAGAAAUUACAGACAAAAAUUGAGUCAAAGCAAACAUCAGUUUCAUCUCAAGAGAAUCAGCUUCAACGGUUUGUCAGAGUUAACGUGUCAACUUGUGCAGCCGAGAGAUUUUGUUGCUCAGACGCCAGCAAACGUUUUGAGGAAAAAUCUUUGUAGUUGCUCUUAUCUCUGGUCAAAUCAUCAUGAGAACGUCAUUCUUUCUAACUGACUUUUAAUCAGAAAAACACCAACUUUGCAUGAGAACAUAGGUGCUUUUGUUAGAACAGCGUUUGUGUUUACUACUACAUUUAAUAAACCUCCGUUUUUACAUUAAUACUAACUUCUAAACAUGAAAAAAUGGUUUGAUAUAUAAAAAAGUUUAAAUCUCUUGAUUUCCAGGGUCAUUAACUAAUCAAACAAAUGAAUCUUUUCCAAGUUUAAUAAUUAAUAUCUGUAAAAAAUGCAAGCUUUUUGUCCAAAAUGUUUUUAAUUAACCAAAAAAGCGAAGACCAAUUUAAAGUAUUCUGUUUUGUUUUAUGAAAUGUUCAUGUUUAACUGCACUGUAUCAAUCUGUGAAAUAUUUGCUCUGCUGAGCCAAUUCAGUGUUUCAAUCUUAAGAUUCUUUCAGAUUUUGUCCUUUCAUAUUUAUAAAUCUUUGUGUUUCCAUUCUCUGUUUUUCGUCAUUAAAAACUUCAGUUCUUGUGGAACCAUUUUAUUUGGAAACUGUUGUGUAUGAAACAUGAAAGAAAUAAAACUGAAUUUGUAGAAAAGACAAA